UAGCGGCAAAGGAAAACAGAUAAAGGAAUUCGCCAUGAACUUGAGACAAGUACGUCGUUAGCGUGCUGACAUUGCAUUGUUGCGAUCGACCUCUUUUUACGCCAACUCUGAACGGACUGACCGACGGCCACUCCUUCUCGUCCAUAUCCUUCUUCUCCUAGAUCCUUACCAACUCACUCAAUGUGUUGAUGAUGCUAUUUGGAGUCUUCAUGUCCUACAAGGCAUGGGGUCUCUACACCAGCUGCGAAUCGCCCCUGGUCGUGGUUCUAAGUGAGAGUAUGGAGCCUGCAUUCGCAAGAGGCGAUAUUCUCUUCCUCAGCAAUCCCAAGAAGCCCAUCGAAAUCGGCGAGAUCUGUGUCUUCAAGAUCCCAGGACGUGAUAUCCCAAUUGUCCAUCGUGUCAUUGACCGCCAUGACUCACCAAAGGCUGGUACGCAGCUGCUGUUGACAAAGGGCGACAACAACAACGUCGACGACCGAGGACUCUACCAGGAAUUCCAUACAAACAGGGGCAUGAUGUGGAUCGAACCCAAGGACAUUGUGGGUCGCGUGCAAGGGUUCUUGCCUUAUCUCGGCAUGUUCACCAUCUUCAUGACGGACUACCCAAUGCUCAAAUAUGCGCUCCUGGGUGCCGUCGGUCUUGUCGUCUUUCUUUAUGAAUAACAAGCGAAAACCAUAUCAUGGAAACGCAACACAGUCAUGACGCAUGAGGAAAUCAGGAUACCCAGAACGGCUAGCAAAGCGAGCAUGGGUUAGAUGUUCGUUCCGAGGACAAUAAACGUGAAUUGGGCGCGCCUUCACUGCAUGGAGUUAUUUGA